CCUCCCCACAGCUGCGGGCCGGGCCGGGCCGAGGCCGAGGCCGGCGCGGGUGGUGGCGGGGGAGGAGGAGCCCGGCGCGCUGGCCCGGCCACCGUGCGCCCCCGCCGCCCGCCCGCCCGCCCGCCCGCUCCGGACGCGCCCCCCGUUCGCUCCCAGAAGAGGCCAAAGUUUGCCGGCCGAGACCCGCAGCAGCCCCCGCGCUUCCCGGUAUUGUUCGCCGACUUCGCUCCUCGGCUCCGCGGCCCCAUCUCGGCGGGGGGCCCCGGCCCGCCGGGCGCGGGGAGCGGGGCCACAGGCUGGGCGGGCAUGGGCGGGGGCCCGGGCCGGGACGCGCAGCCGAGGCCCACAGCCCGAACCCGGGCCCGGGAGCGGCGGCUCUGAGGGCAGCGGACCCGCCGGCCGGGGCCCCGCCUCCGACGCCCGCACCAUGGCGCGGCGCCCGGGUCCCCCCCGCCUGUGGCUGGUCCUGCAGGUGAUGGGGACGUGCGCCGCCAUCAGCUCCCUGGACCUGGAGCGCCCGGGCGACGGGCAGUGCCAGCCCAUCGAGAUCCCCAUGUGCCGGGACAUCGGCUACAACAUGACGCGCAUGCCCAACCUGAUGGGCCACGAGCGGCAGCGCGAGGCGGCCAUCCAGCUGCACGAGUUCGCGCCGCUCGUGGAGUUCGGCUGCCACGGCCACCUCCGCUUCUUCCUGUGCUCGCUGUACGCGCCCAUGUGCACGGAGCAGGUCUCCGCCCCCAUCCCCGCCUGCCGCGUCAUGUGCGAGCAGGCCCGGCUGCGCUGCUCCCCGAUCAUGGAGCAGUUCCACUUCCAGUGGCCGGACUCGCUGGACUGCGGCAAACUCCCCACCAAGAACGACCCCAACUACCUGUGCAUGGAGGCGCCGAGCAACGGCUCGGACGAGCCUGCGGCGGCGGCGGCGGCGGCGGCGCGCGGCGGCUCGGGCCUGUUCCCUCCGCCGUUCCGGCCGCCGCCGCCGCCGCCGCAGCGACCCCCGGCCGCGGGCGCGCAGGAGGAGCCCUCGCCCCAGGAAGCGGGGGCCCCCGGGCGCGCCGGCUGCGCCAACCCGGGCAAGUUCCACCACGUGGGCAGGAGCGCGUCGUGCGCGCCGCUGUGCGCGCCGGGCGUGGACGUGUACUGGAGCCGCGAGGACAAGCGCUUCGCCGUGGCCUGGCUGGCCGUGUGGUCGGCGCUCUGCUUCGCGUCCAGCGCCUUCACCGUGCUCACCUUCCUCGUGGACCCGGGCCGCUUCCGCUACCCGGAACGCCCCAUCGUCUUCCUGUCCAUGUGCUACUGCGCGUCCUCGCUCGGCUACAUCGUCCGCCUCUUCGCGGGCGCGGAGAGCAUCGCGUGCGACCGGGACAGCGGGCAGCUCUACGUGAUCCAGGAGGGGCUGGAGAGCCCCGGAUGCACCCUGGUCUUCCUGGUGCUCUACUACUUCGGCAUGGCCAGCUCGCUCUGGUGGGUGGUGCUGACGCUCACCUGGUUCCUGGCGGCCGGCAGGAAGUGGGGCCACGAGGCCAUCGAGGCGCGCAGCGGCUACUUCCACCUGGCGGCCUGGGCCAUCCCCGCCGUCCAGACCAUCCUCAUCCUGGCGCUGCGCCGCGUGGCGGGCGACGAGCUCACGGGCGUGUGCUACGUGGGCAGCAUGGACGCGCACGCGCUCACGGGCUUCGUGCUGGUGCCGCUGGCCGCCUACCUCGCCCUGGGCACGUCCUUCCUGCUCUCGGGCUUCGUGGCGCUGUUCCGCAUCCGGCGCGUGAUGAGGUCGGGCGGCGAGAACACGGACAAGCUGGAGAGGCUGAUGGCGCGCAUCGGCGUGUUCUCGGUGCUCCACACCGUGCCCGCCACGUGCGUCCUCGCCUGCUACGUGUACGAGCGCCUGCACACGGAGCGCUGGCGGGCGCUGGCGGCGCAGCGCCGCUGCCGGCUGGACGAGCGGACGCAGAGCCUGGACUGCCGGCUGGCCGCCUCCAUCCCCGCCGUGGAGGUGUUCCUGCUCAAGAUCUUCAUGCUGCUGGUCGUGGGCAUCACCAGCGGCGUGUGGGUCUGGACGGCCAAGACGCUGCAGGCCUGGCGCUCCGUGUGCGGCCGCCGCCUCCGCAGGCACAGCCGCGGGAAGCCGGCCGGCGCCGUCGCCCUCGCCCACGCCCACGGCGGCAGCGGCGGCGGCGGGAUUUACAAAAAAGCCCAGCACCCCCCGAAAACGUGCCUGGGGAAGUAUGAGCUCCCCCAACAGCCGCCCGCCUGCGUGUGAACCGGCCUGGAAAAAAAAAA